CGCUUAUGAGAAUAUUUUCGUACUCUCGUGUGGUUGCAGGAUUGUUCCUCUUCGUUCACUUGAUACUGUAAUUGUUUUUCAUUUUAAGUGCCGUGUACUCAUUUACUCAAGCCUUUUGCCAAAAAAGACUUGUUUAAAUUUUUAUAUGUUCCCUGUGGUAGUUUUUUUAUAGAUUUAGUAAUGACUAUACUCCGAAAUUUUUGUGUCAUCGAUAAGUUACUGUUUUGUACGCGCCUGAGUCAAAAAUAGUGUGUUUAUUAUGCCGAUUUAAAUACAAUUUCCAAGAAGCAUCUACAUUAAAUCGGUGAAAAAGGUUUUUUUUUCAUUUAGAUCAUGAAGUUUCAAAGGGUAGCUGUGCCAUAUUUAAAUAACUGUCAAUUAUGAAGAUGUUUCGCGGAGGGUAUUUUUUCUUCUCUUCAUUUUUUUUUUCUUUUGCGAGUUUUAAUUACCUAUGACCCUCGUUUUUCUUGUUAGUGUUUUAAUCAAACUUGAGUACUACUAAACAAUACGACUCUAGUGAAGAGAUAGCGGAAAACUAGGGGCCUUCAGGUGAUAAUUUAUCAUUGGAUCUCUUCACCAUUCACCUAUCUUCGGAAAAUAUUAUUCAUGCUCCUGCAGAUUCGGCCAAAAACCUGCAGAGGGCAGCAAACAUGGACCUUGCUGCUAUUUGUAGGGAUGCUACUACUUACUAUCUUCCUCCUGUUCAGCACGAAGCCGCAGAGAACAUCUUCAAAUUUGAUGAAAUUGUUCGAGAACCACAACCAACCCGUCGAGGACCUGGACCAUGCCAUGAAUCCCUUCGCAGGAAUAAACAACGAGACAGGCGCCGACCACCCGAUCGUCCCCAACAUCGUCCACUUCAUCCUCUUUGAGGACCCCCAGAUGAGCUUCGUCCACUUCGUCUGUGUCCUGGCCGCGCUCCGCAACCAGCGCCCCGACCGCAUCUACUUCCACACGAACGUGGCGCCCUCUGGCAACUACUGGGAGCGGCUCCUCAAGCUCGGGCCCUUCACCGAGCGGCUCGUCCUGCGGCACAUGGAGAUGCCGACCGAGAUCUUCCACCAGAGGAUCCGGCCGCGCUGGCGUGUCUUCCACGGCGGCGACAUCGCCCGGAUCCGCGUGCUCAUGCAGUACGGUGGCAUCUUCCUCGAUAACGACUCUUAUGUCGUCAGGAGCCUCGAUUUCUUCCGCAGGUUCGAGAUGACUAUCGGCUGGGACGAGAAUCAGUUCCUUGGCUCUCAAAUUCUCAUCGCACACAAGGACGCCAGAUUUUUAUACCGGUGGCUACACUCCUACGACAAGGCGUACAACUCGAAGCGGUGGUACUACAACGCGGGCGAACUGCCGACUACGUCUGUUCUGCACCACCACCCGGAACUCGUCCAUCGCGUCAAGGUCCUUUUCGGGAACGACCUGAAAUUCAGGUACAAGCUCUUCAGGCAGUACUGGCCCGACUGGAGACAGCACUACACUUUCCACCUCCUCGCGCGGCACCUCGGGAAGCUCCGCAACAUCUCGAGCGUCGCUACGUAUCCCGUCGUCUUCGACGAGUACAACGUUCAAAAUUAUCCCAUCACCUUCCGCGAGAUGGCCAAUGAGGUCCUCGAUUACGAGAGGCACCUUUUAAAAGGAGGCGACGUUUGAGACGUGAAAAUACAAAACCUCUAAGCGCAACCAGGUAUUGUGAAAAUACACGGAGAAAAGAACUUCGUGCGUGGGACCCGAAGUUUAGGUCAUAUGGAUCUCUGAAAUUUUCA